AUGACGGCAGCCAGUUCUGCGGGCAUCUUUCGACUAGAAAACAACCACAUUGUUAAAGGGGGCAUCUAUUUUCACUGUUGCAGGGGGGUGAAAAUGAGUCUCCUAGACAAGAUGUCUCUCUGCAUCCUGCUCACUGUCCUUGGUCUUCCCUUUGUAACCAGUUUAUAUGUUUUAGGUGAGAGGGAAGAGGUACAAACUCUAUGCGCUGGCAAAGAAUUCAGACUGCCUGUUUAUUCCACAUCAAGAAUUGUGACAUUUACCCCAGAUCAACCAGGGCAGAGGCACGUCAUUUUGGAGAAAACAACAGUAAAGGACCCACGAUUUGAGUGGACUAAAGAUAAGAUGCUUGUCCUAAAAGAGGUGACCCAUCAAGAUCAAGGACUUUAUUCAAUCAAACUGUACUCUGAAUUUACCUAUGAGACAGUGAGAUUAAUUGUUUCAGAGUGUAUAAAGUCAUACCGGAAACACUAUGGGGACCACUUUGAGCACAGCAUUCCCGAAAAUAGCUUUCUCUUGGAGUUUUCUCCCAAGGGUGCGCCCCUUGAGGCCAUGCCAGUUGUGCUGUGGAACCGUACAAGCUACACAACCAGUGGUGCAGGCCGCGGCCGGAUUGGCAGAGGUGGGAAAGUGUGGAUAGCUGAUAAAGUGACCCAAGCCGACCAAGGAAACUACACCGUGAGAGAUCAUCAGGGGAAGGUCUUGAUGCGUAGUACCCUGACCGUCCUUGCCCAUUUCUUCAAUGUCACCCGCUUCACCAAAGAGUCUUUAAAUCUACCCCUCUUUCUCCCUGUCCCUCAUGCUCAUCUCAUCUUUACCCCUGCUCGAUACCCUGAUGAAUCUUCACUUGGGCCGUUUGAUCCAAAGCCUCCACGUGGCCCUGUCCAACUGGUGCGCGAGGGCCAGAUCACAGACCAUGACAUGCGAUACAGAGGCCUCAUCUCAUUGGGACGUAAUGGCAGCAAAGAUGAGGUCGUCAUUGCACGACUGACCUCCAGACACGAUGGCACAUAUGAAGUCAAAGAUAAAGAUGGCAACUUGGUUUCGACCACAUGGUUACAGGUCAUUGAAAAAGGAGCAAGGUGGCGAGCCAUUUUCAAAUCUAUCAGUGUACCUUCAGGCAUGUUUGUGUCUCUGGCUGGUUUUAUACUUUUUAUGAAGCGCUACCCCUACUGCAGUCUAUCACAGAUCAUCACUGGGCUGAGAGCAAACCACAACCAACCAGCCAACCCACCAAGAGUGAACAUACAGGACUAUAAUCAUGCAAGCCCAGGACCCACAGGUUAUUACACCUACUCACAAGAACCAUCAACGCCAAGAAAAUGGACUCCACAUGCCACUCCAGUUCAUUCGGGCUACAGUCAGGUAGAAACCCUGCCUGAAUCUUCUCCAUCUCCUGUGAGGUUGAGGAAUGAGGAAAACCAAAGAUUGACACCAGUGAGGUCUCCGGCUCGAAAUACUGCAACACGGCCGAUUGAAGAGGAGCGGCGGAUCUCCUUUUCAAUGCCUGGUGCCUCAGAUUGCCUCCACAUUUCUGAGGAGUGUGUUCAAUUCAAGAUCAAGAGCAAGAAAGACAAGAUUAAAAACUCACACGACUACUUCUCCACUCUGCCCCUGGACACUGACACAUCUGAAUCCUGCAGUGUCUACACAUCCGACAAACUCAACUUCAGCUGA